CCGCCCGCCGUGGCCCCGCGGAGAGCGCCCAGCGCCGAGGUGGCAGCGCCGGGAGCAGCGGCGCCCAUGUAAUGCCCAGAGGUGAGCUGUCCUGAACCACUGUGGUCUGGUCACCUGCCUGUCCACACAGCCCACCACCACCGUCAUCAUGGAGUCCAGAGGGAAGUCAGCCAGCAGCCCCAAGCCCGACACCAAGGUGCCCCAGGCUGGUGCAGAGGUCAGAGGCACCCCAGCUGUGGACGGAAAAGCCCCCUCAGUCAAACCUGGGAAGAAGGAGGCCCAAGUGGAGAAGCCGGAGCUGCCAGUGGCCCCCACUCCGCCACCUGCCAAGAAGACCGCGGCCAAGGCAGACCCUGCCCUUCUCAACAACCACAGCAACCUGAAGCCAGCCCCUGUGGCCCCCAGCAGCCCCAAUGCAACCCCUGAGCCCAAGGGCCCUGGAGAUGGGGCUGAGGAGGACCAGGCCCCUAGUGGGGGUCCAGGGGGCCGAGGUCCCUGCCCCUUUGAGAACUUGACCCCCCUGCUGCUGGCUGGGGGGAUGGCUGUGGCAGCUGCAGCCCUGAUUCUUGGUGUGGUCCUCCUGGCCCGGAAAAAAUGAUGGCUGGUACCCAAGUGGGGGACCAGCCACUCCCCGUACAGACUUGGGAUCUUGCGCAUGCGAAUUCACACACGACUAUCUAUCCAUACAUACAUAGGAAAUAUAUAUACGAGCACCCCACAGAUACACGGAGGGAGAGAUGGACAGGCCCCGGACAGUAGAAGCCAAGCCCCCUUCACUGGCCCCCAGCACUUCCCCCCUCCCAAGCUCUGGGCAGAAGGAGCCUGGGCCCCAGGGUUUCUGAGCAGCAUGGGUUGGAGCUGUGGCAGUGGGCAGAGGGCUCAGUGUCAAGGUACCUGGGGGUAGUGGAUGGGGUGGACCCUGAGUGUGCCAGACUGUCCCGGGGAGCCCCAGUGGUCCUGGAAGGAACCCCAAGGCUGAUAGGGGCCCAGGAUGGCCUCUGACUGUGCCCAGCUGUGUGGGGACAUUAAAGGGUGUGGCUGUUUCACUUUCCCCUCUUCUGCUCUUUGCUUGCAGCCGGAGGGGUGGGGUGUCUGCCCAGGUGGGCCACUGCCGCGGGGCUGCCCUGAGACUCCUUGCCGCCUCUGCCUGUGCCCACACCCUAGCUGGGUAGACAGCCCAAAGGCCAGUCUUUGGAGGGGCUCCCACAGUCCACCCAGCGUGGCCCCAGGGGAGCUCCUGAGACUGGAGCCACCUCACUUCCUGUCCCGAGCCCCUCCCCAUCCUCCGGCAGUUGUCCUGGG